CUACGUCAUCAGCCUACGGUCGUUACAGAGUUGUACGAAUUAAUACGAGAUAGUGCCGACAACUCACGGAGAACCAAUUGUGCCAUGCUUCCCGCGGAGACUAGACUCGUAAAAUUCUGAUCGGGGAAAAAAUUUUAAUAAAACGCGCAUCCUUGCUGGUUUUUUGAUCAUCCGAAAGAAAGAAGUGUUUUUGAACGACGCAUAUAUUCCUUUGGUCAACAUUUCAGCUGAGUAUUAGUGUAUUUUGUUGUUUUGUGUUCCUUUUCUUUAGGAAUUACUCAAGCGAAAAUCUGUACAACAUGUCGGUCAAUGAGACCGCUUCGCUUGAUGAAAUCCAAAGUGCUGAGGCCUCCGAGCCUAUUCAUACAGCAACACCACAUGAACAAUACAUGGCCUCGAUGGUGUCUACGAUGCAAAACGGCAUUGAAAAGACCAAUGCACUAAUUUCGAGACUCGUUGAAUCGAUAGAAGGCAAUUCGAUCUCGUGCUCACAACACGCUCCAAAGAGGGCACUUGAAAUUGAACCCGUCGAAGACGGGGAUGAAUCUGCCACAAAGAGGGCAAAACGCGCCCCUAAGUCAGGGCAACAAAGUAAUGAAAAUGACCACAAUGUCAAUACACAAAAUGCCAUUAAUGACGAUGUUUUAAGUCUUUUCGGUGGCUCUGAAGGCGAAUAUGAUCAUGAUGGCGGCGAGGGUGAAGCCGAAAUUUCCGACUUAGAUAACGAAGAUGAUCUUUUGAGUUCGAUUUCGCAAGAUCUUUUCGAAACUACCGAUAAAGGUCCAGCAAUAAGCGAAAAACUCGCAAAAAUUACAGACAAAAAUUUUAUUGUAGAACUAGAGCCUGGAAAAUUGAAAAAUAUCCUACAAAAACAUCCAAGACCUCAAAAUUGUGAGCAACUAUAUGUGCCAAAGGUAAACCCAGAAAUAUGGUAUAAAAUGCCAGGGUAUACCAGGAAAAAAGAUAUUAAACUUGCCAACCUGCAAGAUACAUUACAGACCAGUGUUUCGGCUAUAAUGAGCUCUUUGAAUGAUAUCAUGCAAAGUCAUGAAAUGAAAAGGCAAACAGACCUAAAAAUGGUUGUUUCAAAAUUGGUAGAUGCCACUGCACUCAUUGGACAUGUUUCUAAGGAGCUAUCUUUUAAACGCAGAGAUUCGAUAAAACCAUUUCUUCACAAUGAUUUUAAACAAGCUUGCUCUAGAGAUAAUAAGGUUGAAAGCCUUCUGUUUGGCACUGAUUUACCUGCCACAGCACAAAAAAUUAAAAAUACAAGUAAAGUCAUGCAAAGUGUCACUGUAUCUAACAACCGUUUUAAUAACAACAAUGUUCACCGUUUCAAUACCAACAAUGGUUCUUCCUCACAGUAUAACAGUGGUAAUACACAAAGCCAUAGCCAGCCACGUUUUUUAUCCCAGCGGGGGAGGAAACCGUAUCCUCCCCGGAGACCAGCACCAUACAUAACCCAGUACAAAAAGAAAUUUCAGAAGAACUAGAGAGUAUAGA